AGUCUAACAGCCGCAGGGCAGUGAACCGGGGCUAUGUCACCAGCUUGCUGAGGCUGCAUCAGGACUGGCACAGCCAUGAUGUGACCAACACCUAUGUACUGAUCCGCCAUGGGCUCCUGCUCUGUCUCAGGCACAUUGUGACUCUCCGGUCUGGCAGGGAGGCCUUCCUGGCAGCCCAAGGCAUGGAGACUCUCUUCAACAUCGCACAGACCUGCCUGGACAACAAGAGCAUGGAACCUGUGAUCUCUGUGGUGCUUCAGAUCCUCAGGCAAUGCUACCCUGAGAGUCCACUUCCUCUGGUCACAGCCGGUAGUGCCUACACCUUCCCAGCUCCUGGGAGCACCAGCUCAGAGCUUCCACAAGCUCUCACUGAAGAAGAUGUUGAAGAUGAUGGCGAGGAGGAGAUGGACAAAGACUCAGAUGUGGAGGCUGUGAAAGAAGAUGAUGACUUGGAAACUGAUCUGAGCAAACUGAGUUCUAAACCUGGUCUUGACCGUCCUGAGGAGGAGCUGGCACAAUAUGGUGCUAUGUGUCCUGAGCUCUCCUUUAGCUUUGAGGAACUGGAACCCAAAUAUGGAGAGGAUUUGAACAUGAAAGAUACUCCUUAUGCUAAUCACUAUCACAUUCCAAAUGCCACCUCCCUAAGACAACAGCACUUGAGCAGGGAGCACAGCUCCUGGAGACAAGAAAGAGAAGACACUGUCUGCACUUCCAUUCUGGACAUGGUGAAGGCAGGGAAGUCCACUAUACAGCGAUCUUCAAAACAAAGACCUAUGAUGAGUGAGAACCAAAGUAUGGAACAAAAUGGUUUGGGGAUAGAUUCCUCUGGAUAUAAUACCUCUGACACCCAGGCUUCCCUAGAAGAGGCUGCUUGGGACAUAGAAUCAAUUUCUUGCCCAAGGAUAACGUCCUCAUUUUCCAAUUCCACUAAGCUGGAAGAAAGCAAUGAAGCUGCAGAGAAGCUUCUGCACAUACAUCCCAAGCACACACCUUUCCAUGACCCUCAUCUUUAUAUGGCCAAUGCUAUGAGAACCAGAUCUACUGUGGGAUUCAAGAUGAUGGCAUUUCCUGAUUUCUGGGGGCACUGUCUACCUCCCACUGCUCAGCCCAUGCUGGAUCGCAAAUGGGGAGUACAAAGGAUCAAGAUACUUGAGGAUGUCCGGAGGUUCCUCCAGCCAAGUGAUGUUAUAAAUAAAGUUGUCUUCAGUUUAGAUGAGCCUUGCCCUUUGCAAGGCCCUAUUUCUAAUUGCUUGAGAUUCCACUCCAAAUUUGAAUCAGAAAAUCUUCGAAAAGCUAUCCAAGUGCGUGAGUUUGAGUACGACUUGCUGGUCAAUUCUGAUGUGAACAGCUCCCAGCACCAGCAGUGGUUCUACUUCAAGGUGAGCGGCAUGAGGGCUGCCCUCCCUUACCGCUUCAACAUCAUCAACUGUGAGAAACCCAACAGCCAGUUCAACUAUGUGCAACCUGCAAACAAAUCUGUUAUGCAGACUCACCUUCAAAUUCUGGAGAGAAGCAUUGAUCCCAGGCAAGUCUACUUCCAACAAGAUAGUCUCUGUCAGACUCUGGGAGGGAAUCCAUGUCCAUUGGUGACUAUCACUGCUUUUCCCGAAUCUAACAGCACCAAGCAUCUGGAACAGUUCCAGCAAUUUCCUGGCAGCGACAGAGCCCUCCACUUGGCAGAUGAGCACAGCAUGGGCUGUGGAAAUA